GCUACGAGCUCAGUACUACCGCGCCGGUUGAGAUCACCGCUACGGUCGUCGCGAAUCGGUCCAAAUCGUUUACGUAGGAAAGCCAUCGUAUGAAUUGUGACAGCGAUUUGUGAUUCGUUUUAGUGUGUGUGUAUGUGAUAAGUGUGUGUGAGUUUUUUGUUAGGUGUUGGAACAUUCUGGAAGCUGUGACGUCACGGCCGGUCUGAUGUGAGCAAAUAAUUUGAAUUUGGAAGUGUUGUGAUGUCACCAUAGUGAUGAGACAGUUUACAUGAAAAUGGGGACGUUGUGGUUCGGUGUUUGUCUGUUCAUCUUUUGGAUAACCGAUGCCACAGCCCUUCGCGACGUGCAGCUAAUAGCGCCAUCUGCCGUCAAACUCGGGGACACAGUGCUCCUCGGCUGCAAGUGGACUCUAGAAGGCAAUGAGACCUUAUACAGUGUGAAGUGGUACAGGGGCCGGCAGGAGUUCUUCAGCUACCUGCCUAAAGAAUACCCGUUUACCAGGAUCUUUGCGCAACCUGGGAUUGAGGUUGAUGUGUCAAGAUCGACCUCUCAGCAAGUGGUACUUCGCGAGGCGACGCGCGCUCUGGCCGGGAGGUACCGAUGCGAAGUGUCGGCCGACGCGCCUUCCUUCCACACUCAAGUGCGGUCAGCGUACAUACACGUUGUCGCCCAUACUGUCCCACUGCUGGGCAAAGGCCUCCCCAUCUUGCUUCCACACUUCUCGAUCUUUCGACCGAGCCCACCAGUCUCGACAAUAGGCGUCAAGGUCGUCACGCCAUCUCUUCCGGGGCCUACCCCGCCGGCGGUGUCCAUCCUGAGGUGUCCACUGAGCGACGAUAGUGGCCCAUCUUUCCGGAUGCAUUCGGCUGACGUGUCCGGCCCAGUUCCACUUUAA